GUUUAUCGAAAUAUUCGAUCUUACAAUAAUUAACAAGUUCAUUUUUUUACAAGCGCGAAACCAAAACAAACUUGACAGCCGAGCGCGAAAGAGACACGAAGCCAACCAAUGUUUUCAAAGCAGGUGAGGCGCUGUCAAAUCUCAAAUGACAUGAGGAAUUUAAUUCCUUAAUGUAUUAAAUACCAAAAAUUAAUAUAUUAAGGCCUUUGUCACGCCCCUCGGAGGGAAGCGAGGUUGCAGCUGGAUCUGAACGUGUUGAUGAUGCCGAACAUGCUAGAAACGCAGCAUCCGACGUCACAUCCGGCAAUGCAGCAGCAUCAUUUGGAGAAAUCGCAGCAGCGGGGAGAAAAGUGGUUUCUUCAUCGGUCUUCAGCCAAACUUUCCGUUGUCGAAACCCGCUUAGAUGCGUAUCUUUUUGGCGGACGAAUUCCCGGCAUAACGAACCAGCCGACGUUUACGAUUCUAGUAAACUUUCCUCCGGCGUUUAACAUGGUUGCCGCCGUUGAACUUCAACCAGCGGCUGGUUCAGGAGGUUCAGCAAAAUCAUCCGGUGUUGAAUCAGCACCGUUAUCAUCAACAGCAGCAGCAGGGUCAGAAUCCCUGUCAGCAGCAGCCCAAAAACUGCAAAAUUACCAGCAGAACCAGAAAAAGAUGCAACACCAUCGUGGCAGGCUGAACCGAUCGGGGGAGUACGAAGCGUACGCGAUUGUCCCAUUUUUAUAAAUAAAUACAAGUUGU